CCGAGCUCCGGCUCUGAGCGACCAACGCCAUGUUCCCAAUUGUCACCAAGCUUCUGGAAUCUUCCUAGGCACGCAGGCGCAUUUCUCUGAUCCAAUUUCCGGUGCUUUAGUGCCCGCGCUCUUCGUUCCGUCACGCAGAGUAUUCCAGGAGAAGAAUUUGCUUCAAACCGAGCAUCACAACAGAACCUGACAAUCACUCUGCACAUCAACACCUGAAGCUUAUUGGAGGAGGAAUGUUUUCCUCUUCUGUCUCAGGGAAAACAUUUCAAACUGUCGUGUCAACGGCAAGGGAGUGAGAUUUCCCUUCAGUUGGCAGUGUUCCAGAAGACCAACCUUUCAAACCACACAGAAGGGUCACCUCUGCAUUCGCCCCCGGGAGAAAGCAAGCAUGUGCUGUGAGUGCAGGAGAGCCAGUGGUCAUUGACCAGCCGAUUGCAAGAGCUAGUAAUCUUUCUUCAAGAUAAAUAUUUCACUGUUAAAAGUCGACUGUUGAUGUUGCAAAAGGAGCAAUUGCACUGCCUAGUUGGUAUCGGAUUGGGAAGACGCUGUUCCUGAUUUAUCAUUUUGUUUGCGCAGUAUUAUCUUAGGCCAAUGAAACCAUUUCCAUGUUCCGAAUGUGGGAAGAAUUUUAAACAAUCCAGUGAUCUCAUAAAACACAAGCGUGUUCACACCGGGGAGAGGCCGUUCACGUGCUCCGCGUGUGGGAAAGGAUUCACUCAGUCGUCCUCCCUGCUGACGCACCAGCGCGUCCACACUGGGGAGAGGCUGUUCAGCUGCUCCGACUGCGGGAAGAGAUUCAGUCGGUCAUCUUCCUUACUCACCCACCAGCGAGUCCACACUGGGGAGAGGCCCUUCACCUGCUCUGAGUGCGGGAAGGGGUUCACCGAGUCCUCCAGCCUGCUGAGACACCAGCGGGUUCACACCGGGGAGCGGCCUUUCACCUGCUCCGAGUGUGGGAAGAGAUUCACCCGCUCAUCCAGUCUGAUUACACACCAGCGACUUCACAGCAGUGACAGACUGUUCACCUGCUCCAAGUGUGCAAAGCAAUUCACGCAGUCGUCCAAGUUAGUGACACAUCAGCGAGUUCACACCGGGGAGAGGCUUUUCACCUGCUCCGAGUGCGGCAACGGAUUUGAUCAGUCAUCUCACCUGGUAGCCCACCGGCGAGUCCACAGCGGGGAGAAGCCGUUCAUCUGCACUGAGUGCGGGAAGGGGUUCACUUGGUCCUCCAGCCUUCUGAGACACCAGCGAGUUCACACCGGGGAGAGGCCGUUCACCUGCUCCGAAUGCGGGAAGGGCUUUUCCCAGAUAUGCGGCCUGAUGAGGCACCAGGAGGUUCACACUGGCGAGCGGCCGUUCACGUGCACCGAGUGCGGGAGGGGAUUCACUCGGUCCUCCAGCCUGAUGAGGCACCAGCAGGUUCACACCGGCGAGCGGCCGUUCACCUGCUUUGAGUGCGGGAGGGGAUUCACUCGGUCGUCCAGCCUGAUGAGGCACCAGCAGGUCCACAGCGAGGAGGGCCCCUUCAUCUGCUCCGACUGUGGGAAGGGAUUCACUCGGCUGGCCAACCUGCUGACACACCAGCGGGUUCACAGUGGGGAAAAACUGUUUGUCUGCACCGAGUGUGGGAAGGGAUUUACGCAGUCAUCCAACCUGCUGACACACCAGCACAUUCACACCGGCGAGCGGCCGUUCACCUGCUCCGAGUGCGGCAAGGGAUUCACACGCUCGUCAGACUUGAUAAUACACCAGCGGAUUCACACCGGGGAGAGGCCAUUCACUUGCAAUGAGUGCGGGAAGGGGUUCACGCAAUCGUCCAACCUCCUGCGACACCAGCGCGUGCACACUGGGGAGAGGCCGUUCACCUGCUCUGAGUGUGGGAGAGAAUUCACCCGGUCGUCCCAUCUGCUGAGACACCAGCGAGUUCACACUGAGGGGAAAGUUUAGACAUGGGUCACCCUGAAUAUUUAACUGCAGCUGCAGCUGCAGCUGAGCUGGCCGCAGGCUUACCAGUGACCGCGGGCGCUCGAUUCUGCAGCUCAUCAGAGCCGGGACCGAACCCCGGGCUUUGGCCCCGGCUCGGGUUCGUUUCUGCUGCUGUCGGUCACCCCUACAACUGGGAUGGAGUUUAAUAUUCUGGAUCCACGUCAAAUCCACCCAUUGUGUUUGAAACACUGUGCCUCAAACAUUUAACUGAUGCAGAGAAUUCUCCAAAAAACAGUGCACAGGCACAAGGGCUAUUCAGCCCAUUGAUGGCUGCUAGAAUUUCAGCUGCACGCCAUUUCCAUCCAUCGUAACUGCCUAAAAUCUCCAGGAACCUCUCUUAUCCUUUGAUGUUAUGUUUGUAAAUGCACCCCCACGUUUGCCUUAAUCCCUCCCGCUCUGUGAGUGAACAGGCUUCCGGUGAAUUCCCUGCAGGACUUUCUGCAGACCGAGGACAAGACUAGGACUGGAUGGUGUCUUGUCUUUGGGAGGAUUUACCAGUGUGGCAACUCUUUACUCUCAGCUCCUUACAACAUUCCAAUUUAGAUUUCUGUAUCCCACGUGUUGAACAUCGAAACGUACAGUGAAACGAGUUGCUGGUGUCAACAACCAACACAACCUAAAGAACACAACCCCGAGUGUCACCAUACUAGCGCCAACACAGCGUGUCCAUGGUGCUCGGAACACUGAACACAACGACAAACAAAAGAACAACAGUAGAAUAAGCAACACACAUCAAAGUUGCUGGUGAACGCAG